AUGGGCUGCUACACUGCCAUUACCGACCGUCGUCCUGGUCUGCUGAAUGCCAGUGAUUCGGGAUACCCCUGGCUCGCUGACUCCUGGCCGGCCACCAGUCUGCCUGUGAACAGCGGUUCUGGAGGACCCAACGACCUCAACAACUUCGGCCGUGGAGACGUGAUGCCCAGUGCCCAGGCCGAUAAGACGGGCACCAUGCUUUCAGACGGAGCCAUUUACAGCAGCAUUGACUUCACCACCAAAGGUGGAUUCGGCAGUCCAAGCCCCGCCUCCCAGGCCACGCCCUACGCCACCACCCAGAUCCUCCAUUCCAACAGCAUUCAUGAGCUGGCUGUCGAUCUGCCCGAGGCCCAGUGGAAGACCUCCCUACAGGCCAGGCAGGAAAUGGCCAACCUGGGCUACUCACUGCCAGACAAGAACUCCUGCAACAACACACUCCUUUUCAUUCCUGACUACCGAUUGGCUGACGGAUUGUGUAAUAGAAUGCCGCACAACCAAUCACAGGAUUUCAGCACCACCAGCUCCCACAACAGCUCAGAUCGGAGCAACAGUCUGUCAGGUGGGAAAGGUGGAAAGAAGAAGAAGACCAAAACAAACGCCAAGCCCACCAAGAUGAAUGGCUUCAACUGGGCUAAUGUUCCACUCCCUCCCCCUCCUGUCCACCCUCUUCCAGGCACAGAGAUGGACUACUAUGCCUCAGAGCACCAUGACGGAGGAGGAUAUGAUAGUGAUGGUUGGGGCCCACCCUUGCCAGUGCAGACAUACCUCCAUCAGGGUUUAGAGGAUGAGUUGGAGGAAGAGGAAGAACGGGUGCCCACUCCUCCCAUAAGGGGCGUGGCCUCCUCCCCUGCAGCAGUUUCCUUUGGCAAACAGUCCACAGCCAUACUGAGCCCAUCCCCACGUGAAGAAAUACAGCCCAUGCUCCAAACCCACCUAGAUGAGCUAACCCGCGCUUACCAGUUGGACAUGGCUAAACAGACUUGGCACAUGCAGGGUGGGCCUUACGCGCCCCAGGCCCCCACGCCGCCUGUGGGUUACAUCUCCAGCACCCUAGUGUCCGAUAUUGAGACAGACCUUCCUGACGAAGACGACGAUGAGGAGGAGGAUGAAGGAUAUGAGAUGUCGCCACCAAUUAGGGGCAUCGAACACACGCCAGGCUCCAGCAUGGACAACCUAGACAGCUCUGUUACGGGCUCUAUGGUGAACGGUUGGGGCUCGGCUUCAGAAGAUGAUGACAGAAACUUCUCCAGCAGAAGGUCUAGUGCCGGCAGCUCCUCUGACGGCUCACUCUUCACCCAGUGCAGCUUUGCACGAGCUCUGGUGGCGGCCGCAGACAAGGCUGGUUACCGUCUGGACGGCACAAGUUUGAGCAAGAGAGAUAAAGGUCUACCUCAUAGACCUCGUCCCGCUAGCCCAUUCUCCACAGAUGGAAGCACGGUGGGCACACACAGCCUGGGUCACCAGCGGGCAGCAAGGCCCACCCGCAAACACAAAGGCCCUGGCACUGCCCCGCACCGCCGUGAUGCCAGCGCUGAUGAUCUGCCUCCACCACCAGAGCCUCCACCCUGCCAGACAGCUCGUGUCCAGGGGGUGAGGAACGUGCCCAACCCCUCUGACCGCAAGGCUUGCUCCUUGGAGAGGCAACCCAUGAUGGGCCUAGAGGAGAUGAAGAGUUCCUUGGACCGGCAGGCCCGAACCUCACUGGAGCGCCACCAACAUGCCCAGGAUAGACUGGGAUCCAUAGAUAGAGGAGAAGAGAGCAGAAGAGGACAGAAAAAUGGUCCUGUUUCAGAAGAGGCCAUAUUGCCAUACAACAAACCAUCAUUCCCAUCUCCUGGGGGCCACAGCUCAUCUGGGACGGCCUCUUCUAAAGGGUCAACGGGUUCUCGUAAAGGUGAAGGGACGAGGGGACAGCACCAGCGCUCCACCACGGAGCAGGGUGAAAGCAGCUACAUGGGGACCAACACGCAGUACUCUGGAGAGUUAUAGUGAGCCUUUUUGAUGGAAACUGAAGAAUGCCUUUAUCUGUUCUGGAAAUGCCUCACCUGCUUGGUGCAAUGAACUCGUGAAACGUUGGAAGGAAGAAGGAAAAAAA